UUGAGCUUCCUCCAAAAGAAAGAAAAAGAACAAUGGCAAGCAAAUUGCAUGUUCGAUCAAACAGUUUGCCAAAUGGAUCUCAUCCAUGCUCCUCAAGAGUGCAAGAGCAGUUGAACAACCUCAGGAACUUUGAUGUAACCUGCACAUCUGAGUCGGUUGCCAAAGGCUUGUCCAUGUUGGAAGACGUAUACUUCUCCUUGGAGAGUCUUCUCAAUGUUGGUUCAACCCAGAAGGCCAUUUCUGAUCAUCAAAGUGAGAAAUGCUUCCAAGAGAUCUUGGAUGGCUCAAUCAAAGUCUUGGAUGUAUGUGGCAUCACAAGGGAUACUGUCAUGCAGAUCAAGGAGAAUGUACGAUCACUUCAUUCAUCUCUUAGAAGAAGAAAGGGAGACUCAUGCAUUGAAAAGAGCAUAGCCAAAUACAAUUCCUCCUCAAAGAAGAUGAGGAAGAAUGUCAACAAGUUGAUCACAUCUUUGAAGCACCUACAAAGCAAAUAUGGAAUCUUAAAUCAGCAUCAAGAUCUUAGCAUUCUAAGCAAAGUGAUAGCAAUAAGCAUGUGUGUCUUCCAAUGUCUGCUAUCAUUCUUGGGUGGUCCUUCAAAGUCAAAGGCAAUCAAAUGGAUGAACAAGUUGAUGCAAAAGGGAGAAGUGAACUCAGAGAGUGGCAAUGAAUUGCAAUUGGCGGAUGCAGCUUUGAACACCCUCUUAAAUGAAGGUGCAAAAGGCUCCCAGAUUCAUGCUUCCAAUGAACAAUUAGAGGCUUUGGAGAUUUCUAUUGAAAGCAUUGAGAGUGGUUUGGAGAACUUAUUUAGGCGCAUGAUUAAGACUAGAACAUCCCUUUUGAACAUAUUAUCCCAAUAGAAUACACACUAUCUUCAGAAUACCAAUUUUGAUCUACCAUAUGUGUAUAUAUAUAUGUGUGUACAAAUGCAAUCAAAUCAAAUACAUACAAAAGUUUAUACUCUAAAUUUUGGUGUCUUUCUUGUUUAAUCAUUGUUUUAUUUAUCUAAAUAGCAGAUACUAUAUGAAUAUGCUCCUGCUUAAUGAACAAAACAAUUAAUAUCCAGUUAUCAGAUUUUAGUUUUAGGCUUGAAGAAAAAACCAUUCAAGUUUCCCAUAGU